AUGUCCGGAGAAAAGCUCAACGUUGCUGUCGCUGGUCUCGGCCGCAUGGGUCUCCGUCAUGCCAGACACUUUGCGACCUUGACACCAAAGGCCAACCUCAUCGCCGUUAGCUCGCCGGUCCAGGCCGAGCUUGAUGCUGCGGUUGCCGAGUUCGGCCCAUUGAGGACAUACCUAGACUACGAUGAGUUGCUGCGCAAGGAGUCGACGUUACAGGCAGUCAUCGUCGCAAGCGCUACCACGGUACAUGCGGAACAGGCCAUCAAGGCCAUCGAGAAGGGUCUCCAUGUUCUCUGCGAGAAGCCCCUCAGCACAAACGUCGAUAUUUCGCAAUCUGUCGUCACAGCAUAUGAGAAGUCUCUGAUCAAGAACCCCAGCCAGAAGGUCAUCUGCGGUUUCUCCCGCCGGUUCGAUGCAUCUUACCGAGAUGCUUACCAAAGAGUCGCGCGCGGUGACAUUGGGGCGCCAUCCGUCUUCCGCUCUCAGACGUGCGAUAAGCUUGACCCCUCAGGGUUCUUCGUUGACUACGCUGAGUUCAGCGGUGGCAUCUUUGUUGACUGCUCCAUUCACGACAUUGACCUUGCGCUGUGGUUUUUCGGCGAGGACAGUGUUGUUAAGAGUGUCGCAGCGAUUGGCAUCACGGCCGUCCAGGAGGGGUUAAGAAAGCACAACGACAGAGACAACGCCGUUGCAGUCGUCGAGUUCUAUGUAGGCGGAUUCCCCGAGACCCGAGGCGAAACUCGAGCUAACCACCCGCAACCACAGGGCGGCAAGAUCGCACAGCUCUUCUGCUCCCGGAUGAUGGCUGCCGGCCAGGAAGACACCACCGAGAUCUUUGGCACCCAGGGCAAGGUCGCUGUCAACACGCAGCCGCAGCUGAACCUCGUCAACCUCUACGAGCCGACGGGUAUCCGCCGUGAGAUCCCGCCCGACUACUAUGGCCGAUUCCGCGAGGCUUUUAUCACCGAGGCUAAUGAGUUUACGGCAUGCUGUCUGAACAACACGGAGCCGCCGAUGAAGCUCGUCGGCGCCGUCAACGCUGUCAAGAUCGGCUGCGCGCUUCAGGAGAGCUUGAUCACGGGAAAGAAGAUUGAAUUUGACGAGACGGGCAAGCGUAUUGAGAGCGCCCGGUUGUAA